AUGUCUUCAGAAUCCCGAGAUGUUUGUAUUGUUGGUGUUGCAAGGACACCAAUGGGUGGUUUCCUUGGUUCCCUUUCAUCUCUUUCAGCUACACACCUAGGCUCACUCGCUAUUCAAGCUGCCCUCACCAGAGCUAAUGUUGAUCCGUCCCUUGUGCAAGAAGUCUUUUUUGGGAAUGUUCUCAGUGCUAACUUAGGACAGGCUCCUGCUAGACAGGCUGCAUUAGCUGCUGGAAUACCUACAUCUGUUGUAUGCACUACUAUUAACAAAGUUUGUUCAUCAGGGAUGAAAGCUACCAUGCUUGCUGCACAAACAAUUGAGUUGGGUUCCAAUGACGUUGUUGUGGUUGGCGGCAUGGAAAGCAUGUCAAAUGCACCUAAGUAUAUUGUCCAAGCAAGGAAAGGAUCUCGGUUAGGGCAUGAUACUAUCAUAGACGGUAUGCUCAAAGAUGGUCUUUGGGAUGUCUAUAAUGAUUUUGGUAUGGGAGUUUGUGCCGAACUGUGUGCAGAUCAACAUUCCAUAACUAGAGAUGACCAGGAUGCUUAUGCCAUUCAAAGCUUUGAGAGAGGAAUAUCUGCACAAAAGGAUGGUCAUUUUGCUUGGGAGAUAGUUCCGGUUGAAAUUUCCAAUGGAAGAGGAAAGCCUUCCACACUAGUAGAUAAAGAUGAAGGUUUGGGGAAGUUUGAUGCUUCAAAGUUAAGGAAGCUUGGACCAAACUUUAAAAAGGUUGGGGGUACAGUGACUGCUGGCAAUGCUUCUAGCAUAAGUGAUGGUGCGGCUGCAUUAGUGCUAGUGAGCGAAGAGAAGGCACGCGAGCUUGGUUUGCAUGUAAUUGCAAAGAUAAAAGGAUUUGCAGAUGCAGCUCAGGCACCCGAAUUAUUUACAACUGCUCCUUCCCUUGCAAUACCUAAAGCUAUAUCAAAUGCUGGUCUGAAGGCUUCUCAAAUUGAUUAUUAUGAAAUAAAUGAAGCCUUUUCAGUCGUGGCUCUUGCGAAUCAGAAGCUUCUCAGUCUUAAUCCUGAAAGAGUUAACGCACAUGGAGGUGCUGUGUCAUUGGGACAUCCGUUGGGUUGUAGUGGAGCUCGCAUCUUAGUUACAUUAUUAGGGGUAUUGAGACAUAAGGGUGGAAAGUAUGGGGUUGGUGCCAUCUGCAAUGGGGGAGGAGGCGCAUCUGCUCUAGUCGUUGAGCUCGUGCAAGGCAACACUUGGAGACGUUCGUCAUUGUGA